AUGGCAGAUAGUAAGGCUGGCACAUCUUUGGAUGUUCUGAACACUUGUGUGAGGUGUAAAAAGUCAGUGGGCACGGGAAUCCGUUGCAAAAUAUGCGGUAUUCUCUCACAUAAGAGCUGUUUAAAAUCACUAAAAACAGUUAAAAUUAUUGACAACGAAUAUUGUAUAUGCUGUCAAGGUACAGGUGAUAGAUCGGCCUUAGGUACGCAGACUGUAACUCCUAUUAGCUGCAAUAGUGACAUAAUAUUUACUGAAAACGUGCCCGAAAUAGAAAUUUUGCGAAAUAGUGUCAAACAUCUAGAAUCGCUAUUAACUGAAAGGGAGAAAACUAUCAAAUAUCAGGAUGUUGCAAUUAAAUCGCUAACUGAUCAGAUAGACUUGAUGAAGAAGGUAAACACACUAUUUAACAAUUCGUCUGUUUCUACCAAUAGUAAAAAUCAGUUUUCAUACACCACUACAGAAUCUUUGUCUGUCCUUCCUGCAGUGAACAACGCUGAACCUCAAAUCAAACUGCCGGACGUAAGAAGUGCUGUACAUCUUGCCCAAACUAAAAUGCUUUGUGAUGAAACCAUCAACCUUCGGGAUAAUGUUUCUGCCGCAAAUUCAUCUACUCCAACAAGUCGUUCAGGAAGCAUUUUCAUAGGUACUCAUAAUGGAUUAGAAGAUUGCCCUCUUAAAGCUGCUGAAUCUAGAAUAAUGAGGCAUUUCCACGUAACCAACUUUAAUAUAGAUGUUACAGUGAUCAAUCUAAAAACCUAUCUCUCUCAAUUUGCUUCGGAGGUGGUUGUUCAAAAACUCAACUCAAAAAGUCCUGAGCAUUACUCGUCUUUUAAAGUUUCGGUACCUACACAACAAACAAGUUCCAUUCUGCUAUCAAGAAUAUUGAGUAUUGUUUUAGUAGCCGAAGUAAGACAAUUAAAAAUUGUUGUCAGAAGUGAAGGGAUUAUGUUGGUUCCCAUUGUUUUCAAAGAAAGAAAGUCCAACUCAUCUGUCCACGGUCCAGACUUCAAGGUUACUACGUCUCUACUUCAAGUUAACUACGUCUCUACUUUAAAUUCAACUAAUCAACUUCAAGAAACAAAACCAGAAGAAAAUCAACUGACUUUAAGAAACUCAAUCGACUUCAAGAAACUCAACUCGAAGAAUCUUAAACCGCAGGAAAUCGUGCACUCGCUUGCCAAGAAAAAGGAAUGGAUCCUGUACAAUUUUCGAUAUUUUUGCAACUAA